AUGACAUACGUAAAUACUGUUUUUACGGAAGACUCGCUGGAGGUGCAGGCUUCAGAGUUUGCGACCUACGUCUCGAAACUCAAAGGAGAACCCGAGGAAACAAGUCCUUUUCUAACAGAAACCACAAAUUUAUUGAAAGAAAAUAAAAAUGAACAAGUUUUUAAAAAAUUCGCCGACGAGACAAUUAUACUAUUGGAUGCACCGGAGAAAGAUUUUGAACCACUUUUUAAUCUUCUUAUCGCAAUCUUAAAAUCCGCAUCGCCUGAAACACAUCACGAUUUGAUACGAAAGACGAUUCAGAAAUUUGUGGAUGACAAAAAUGAAAAAGCAAUUCUAAAAUUAAAAGCUCUUCAGAAUUUAUACAACACCUUGGAAAACACUUCACCACUUCGAUAUUACACAUUUCUAGCAAUACUCGAAAUAGCAGCAAAAAAUGACGAGAUCGAUGCUGUAUUGCCACAAUUAUCACAUUUAGAUAACUGGGUUCGCGAGUGGGCUAUUUCAACAGAACUAGUCAGAGAAUUGUACCUGAUAGUGUCAGAAAGAUUGAAAGAGGCUGGCGAAAUUGUAAAAUCUUACGAGUUCUUAUUGAAAUAUCUAAAAACCUUUAAAGAUUCUACCGAUCUCAGUUCUAAAGAAGCAGCGACACGUGCCGUUGUGCAAGCAAUAAAGUUACCAGAAAUUUUACGUUUUGAAGAUUUACUAGAAUUGAAAGCCAUACAAACAUUAACGGAAGAAAAAAUAUUCGAGUUACUGCGCGUGUUCCUGAAUGGGACGUUAAAAGAAUAUCGAGAAUUUAUAGGGAAAAAUCCUGAAAUUAUUGAAAAAUAUGAAUUAUCGGAUGAAGGUAAUAUUCAAAAAAUAAGGUUACUCACUUUGGCUUCCUUGGCUUCGGAACACGUGUCUCGUCAGGUUUCGUAUAGCACAAUUGCAAAUUCAUUGGAGAUUAAUGAAGACGACGUAGAAAUGUGGACUAUUGAUGCAAAUCUCAUUGAAGCGAAAAUAAACCAAGUCACCAAAACGAUACUCGUCAACAGAUCAACAUAUCGCACAUUCACCACAGUUCAAUGGCAACAACUAUCCGAAAAACUCGUAGGAUGGAGACAAUCGCUUGACGAUAUACUCCAAGUGAUUGCAAAUGCUAAAUUAAUGGCACAACAUGCUAAUGUUAAUACUAAUGUUGCUGCCGCUGCUGCAGUCGCUAAUGAUGGUGCCACUGCUUUGAAUGACGAAGGAAGAAAUGAACAAGAAGAGGAAGGAAAUGAAAAUAAUCGAUAA